ACAUAUGCAAUACAAGUUUUCAUUGUACCAAUGAGGGUGAUUAAGGAUAUAAAAAAGCCUAUCCAGUUUCCGAUGGGGACAACAAAAUGGGGAAAGACGAACUCACAUGUUAAGCUAGACGGAACUCUAUAGAACAAAGAUUAAGGGUUGAAUGGGAUUUCGUAACUUAAAUGAGUUUAAUAUUAAUCUGCUUUGGAAACAUGUGUGGAAUCUUAUUCAAAAUUUCCAAUCCCUAGCGGUUAGGGUUUUCAAAGCAAAGUAUUGUCCCACGAGGUAUAUACUUGAGGCAAAAGGAGGUCACAACCCAACUUACCUGUGGAGAAACUUGCUUGCAGCUAAGGUAAUAGUUUAAAAUGGAAUAAGGUGGAAGGUUGUCAACAGGAAUGAGAUUGGUAUUUGGUUGAAAAUGGGUAUACUUGUUGCUGAUAAUUUCAAAGUUCAAUAGCCUACUACCCAGUUGGGUUCAACGACGUCAGUCAAUGAGUUUUUGGAUGUCUCUACCAAACCUUGGAAUAUAGCUCUCUACAAAUUCCCUUGGAAUAGAUAGAGAAUCAUGCAAAUUCCUAUCCCAUAACAACUAUGUGAAGACACAAGAUUUGGAGUUAUGAAAAAACUGGCAAUUACUCAAUGACAUCUUUUUAUCAUCCAUGGAGAUAGAGGAAGGAAAAGGAUAUUGGUGAAUUAUACACACCCAUUGAUUGGAAGCAAAAAUGGGGCCUACAAAUCGCUCAUAGGUGAAGGUUUUUUCCAGGAAGUCAAUUUGAAAUGUCCUACAUACAAGAGCCAAUAUUGUUAAUCGGGUACGAAAAGGGUGAUGAAUGCCCUUUAUGUGGCCUACAAGAGGCUGAGAUUCAUAUUUUAUUCUACUAUGGAUGGACUAAAUGGAUUUGUUGACCGAGUUCUUUACAAUAAUUUUUUGAGAAAGGGGAAGAGUAUAACCGUGAAGAAUGGAUAGUUUUGUUAUAGGAGUCAUCAUCGGAUGAACAAAUCGGAUUGUUUUUAAUGUCUCUCUAGUUCACUUGGGAGGAAAAGGAAUUGUAUGAAACAAAAACAAGAGAGAAGAGUGGGAAGCAUGGACAGAGCAGAGAAAUGGUUACAUGAAUAGCUGGAAUGGAACAUCAACAAAUGAUCUCGAUGCAUGUAAUGAAGCAACAAUACCAUUGGAAGCAAUUGGAGACUAUGGAUUUCAAAACUAAUGUUAAUGCAACUUGUUUUGAAGGACAGAUAACUGGGUUUGGUGUUGUAGUGAGGGAUAAGGCCAAUCAAUAUUUCAUGGCAGCAGUGAGGCGUACCAUAGUUCAAUGGGCACUGCUCUUAGCAGAGAUUUAUGUGAUCUGGUUUGGGUUGAAGACAACAGAGGAGUUUGGCUUCCAAUUGGUGGAGGUGGAGUCUGAUACCCAUAUGGAAAUUCAAUAUAUGCUAAGGGAGGAAAUGACAAAGACGAUGGCAUAUGAUGCGUGUGCUUGGCUCUAGGAUUUCGCUAAGGGCUUGAGCUCUUUAUUUUUUAUUGCUCGGGUUGGGUUAGCAAUAAAGCAACCCACCUAAUGGCUCAUCCCUCUCGUCAUUGGGACCAACAAGAAAUUUGGGUUUCUAUCAAUAAAGCAACUUGUUGAAGAUUAGUGGCUCACUGACAAUCUCGAAAUAAAUAAAAAACGUUUUGGAAUGCUCUCUCCUCUCUCCUCGUGAAGCUUGGCGAAAUCUUCCUUCUAGCCCUCUCCAUUAGGGUUUCGAUGGUAGAAACCAUAGAGAGUACGACGUGAAGGAGAUGGCCAUGGAAGGCUGAUUGAGUUACUUCAAGCCAAAUCAAGGACUGGUUUGAGUCCUGGUCGAGGCGGAUCCUCAUGAGGGGAUAUGAUAGAUGGAUUGCUGAGGGCAAAUGGCCCUGUGGAUUGGUUUUAUCCAAUGAAAAAGUGAAGGAAUU